AUGCUGAGAGAUGGCAUGACAGGAGAUUGGAUUGGGACAUUCAUUGGACACAAAGGCGCCGUUUGGUCGUCAAGACUGUCUUCCGAUGCUAGAAUUGCCGCAACUGGAUCCGCAGAUUUCUCCGCGAGAAUCUGGGAUCCCCAGACUGGGGAGUGUUUGUACGUCUUGACACACAACCACAUCGUUCGUGCCGUCGCAUUUCCAAUACAGACUAAUCCACAAUGUGUGGCUACCGGCGCGCAAGACAAGUCCCUCAAGAUCUUUGAUCUCAGUCGAGGUGGCAGUGCUGCUUCACCCGACCAGGUCAAUGGCGCCUCUCCUGUCACCGCGACUACCACCUCCGAAGGGCAUGAGAUUGGAGCGGGCCAACAUGGAGGCAGCAUUAAAUCAAUUGUGUGGAAUGUUGACUACAAUAUUCUCACUACUGCUUGCGAGGACAAGACUCUUCGGUGGUGGGACUUGAGGGUCCAACGCAUGAUCGCCAGCGUCAAGACCGAGCGUGACAUUACAUCCUGCGAGCUCUCCACAAACAAAGCGGAAGACAGCAAUCCUGGAAUUCUUAGUGUGGCGGCUGGACAUUCCUGUCUCUUUUAUGACGCUGGGAGACCUGGCGAGCUUAUCAAGCAAGUUAAUUUCGACCACGAAGUCGCCAGUGUGGCCAUCAAUCCUGCAACUGGACGCUUUGUGACUGGUGGCAGGAAGGACACAUGGGUCCGGGUAUGGGAUUUUGGGCAGGAAAAAGAGCUUGAGGUUCUCAAAGGCCAUCAUGGGCCUAUCUGGUCAACCGCAUUCUCUCCUGACGGCAAGAUCUAUGCGACCGGAAGUGAAGAUGGCACAAUCAAGUUGUGGAAGGCUUGUAAGGAGCCGUACGGUCUCUGGCGCUGA